UGAUGGUGCACACUCUGCCCUGGACUUCGAAGACUAUUCCUUAAAAAAAUAAAAAAAGGGGGAAAAAUGCUUCCAGAGAGUUCUUGAGACGGACAGCGGGCAGGAGGGUGUGAUCUCCAGAGCAGACGAGUGGGAGGGUUGGAUCCCAGGCUUUCUCACCAGAGUGACUCCACCAAGGCAACAAGAGGAAACACAUAGGAUCUAGAGUUCCACUCGUUAGAAGAGCACUAUAUGGACUGUCUUCAGUCUCCUCUGUUGAAACUUGUCAAGACAACACCGCCUCCAGUUUGUUUUCAUAUCCAGUCAACUUCCCUUCUGACGACAGAUCUGGAGGACAGCUAAAAGUGCCAUGUUUCAGGUUGUCAGUGAGUGGCUGUGGUGGGACCGUUUGUGGCUGCCUGGAAACGUCUCCUGGUCAGAUCUAGAGGACAGCGAUGACCGCGUCUACGCUAAGGCCUCUCAUCUUUACGCCACGCUGCCCUGUGCCUUCUGUCUGCUGCUGGUCAGAUACACCUUUGAAAGGUACUUUGCCACACCGCUGGCUAAUGCUUGGGGGAUCAAGGACAAGGUACGUCUUACUGCUGAGCAGAACCCCGUCCUGGAAAAGUAUUUCUGCAGUCAAGCACGAAAUCCCUCACAGUUCGAUGUGAGGUCUCUGAGUAAGAAGACCGGCUGGUCAGAGCGGAAAGUUGAAAUCUGGUUCAGGAGAAGGAGGAAUCAGGAGCGACCGGGGCUUCGGAAAAGGUUCUGCGAGGCCAGCUGGAGAUGUGUUUUUUAUCUUUUUGCUUUUUGCGGUGGCAUCGUGGCCCUUUAUGAUAAACCGUGGCUUUAUAAUCUCAAAGAAGUUUGGGCAGAAUUUCCUAAACAGUCCAUGCUGCCAUCACAAUACUGGUAUUACCAUUUGGAAAUGGGCUUCUAUCUGUCGCUGCUCCUCAGCCUCACCUUCGACGUGAAACGAAAAGACUUCAAAGAGCAGGUGAUUCAUCACAUCGCCACAAUGACUCUUCUGGGUUUCUCCUGGGUUUCAAACUACAUCCGCAUAGGAACCCUUGUGAUGGCGGUUCAUGACUCCUCCGACAUUCUGCUCGAGGGUGCGAAGGUGUUUAACUACGCCAAACGGUAUCAGAUUUCCAAUGCCAUGUUUGUGGCAUUUACAGCUGUUUUUAUGGUGACGAGGCUUGUCUUUUUUCCUUUCUGGCUGAUUCACUGCACAUGGGUGUACCCGCUGGAUCGGUUCGAGCCCUUCUUCGGUUAUUAUUUCUUCAACUUAAUGCUGAUGGUCCUGCAGAUCCUCCACGUCUACUGGGCCUUUCUAAUAUCGCGAAUGGUUUACAAGUUCAUUUUUAGCACGCAUCUGGAGGGGGACGUUAGGAGCGACGAAGAGGAGGAGGACAGUGAUUCCCCGAAGGAUAAAAACCACAAACUGAGUCAUAUGAAUGGCUCAGGGGCCAGAGGUCGAGCUAACGGCCACUGACACACAAGGACAGAAGUAGACAAAGGAAAAGGACGGACAGCAGAAACAAGGACAUUUCCUACACACUGGAGUGCUGCUCUUAGAAUCAAAUUACACAAGAAUAACACAUAAAUACUAGGCGACUUUUAAAUAAUAUGAAGGAUUUUUCACAUGAUUGUAUUCUAACCCCAAAUAAAUGAUAGAGUGGCUUC